AUGGACAAUGACUUCUCUACCAGCAGUGACAUGAACAAUAGGGCCUCCUCCAUGCUCUUGAGCAUGGAGGAAGGCUUGGCAGCAAGUCUGGACCCCGCAGGAGGAGGGGAUAGAAAGAGGCCCCCUCAUGUGGUGGAUGGGGACAAGCCCAAGGAUGGGGCCCAGCUUGGAUGGCACCAUGUGACAGAUGCCAAGUAUGGCCUCAUCAUGGUGAUGAGGAUGCAUGGGGAGCACCUCACAGCAGCUGGGUGUGCUGCCAAGGAAGAGGUGGAGUUGGGCACAUUGGAAGCAGGCAGGAGCAGGACAAAAGAAACUGAUGAUGAUGCUGAGCUUGCCAUGAAGGACCAGCUUGGCAACAUGGCAUAUGCUGGCUAUGUGAUGUGGAAGACCUUCAGGGGUGACAUCACUGUGAUGUUUGGAGCAGUCCAUGGGGCAAUGAAGAGCCCCAAGAAGACAAAGAAGUUGGCUGGCCAGCAAGCUCUGCUCGCCCUGAUGAUCUGCUGGGGCUGGAUGCUGUAUGCUCUGGGGUGCAUGGCCAUGGCACUGAAGGACUUUGCUGCUGAGCACAAGAUCAAGCUCAGGGUGAUGCUGGUCCUCAACAUUAUUCUUCUGGCUCGUGGUGUGACCCCCUACACAGUGUUCAUAGACACCAUUGAUAGCUUCAAGAAGAACUGA